ACAAUGUUUAAACAAAUAUUUAUUACAACAAUAAUCACCUGCGUUUUUGUUGGGGGAAAUCCCCUAUCAAAAAUCAUUAAUGGCAACGAAGCCGAUCCCAAUUCAAUCCCUUAUCAAGUUGGUAUUUUUUUUAAACGUGCAAAUAAUAAAACAACGUUUUGUGGGGGUGCCUUAAUAUCUGAAUACGACGUUUUAACAGCGGCUCAUUGCACAAAUGGAUCAAUCCUUGCUGAGGUAGUUCUAGGUGCCCAUAACAUUUGGAAAGAGGAACCAAAUCAAAUUAGAAUUAUAUCCUCCGAUUUCAUCACACACGACAAUUAUAAAGUCGGUGUAGAUGAUAUCGCUCUUAUUCGGUUACGAAAUCCAAUUAAAUUAACGGAUCAAAUUAACAUCAUAAAUUUGCCAUCGCGCCAACAAGAAACAGAAUCAUUUUUAAACGAAAACGCUACGAUUACUGGUUGGGGUUUACUUUCUGAUGAUGCCCCAACGAUUUCCGAUCAUUUAUACGUCGCUCAAACGAAAAUUAUGGACAACCGACUUUGUGGAAUUGCAUAUUUUGGUUCUAUUAGAGAUAGUCAUAUUUGUUCUGAAAGUUAUGGUAAUCUAGGGGCUGCGUGUGAUGGCGAUAGUGGUGGUCCUUUAGUAGUUGAUGAUAUAUUAGUUGGGUUGGUAUCAUUUGGAUCUGUACUUGGGUGUGAAUCACAAUGGCCAACAGUUUACUCAAGAGUUACUAGUUAUUUAGAUUGGAUUAAAGACCAUUCUACUAUAAAAAUUAAAUAAAUACAUGUUUUCAAAAGCUUUAUAAAUAUUAUUAU